CACAUUCGCUAAAUUGAAGAAAGAUGUUCAUGAAAAUAGGGUUUUGAUAAUGAAUUUAAUAUACGUUGACAGAAUGUUUGAGAUGUUGAGUCUCUUAUUCCUGAUUCUAUCAAUCUGUUCAGGGGACCCUUGUGUUAAGGAUGAGUCUUCCCGCUCUUUUUUCUUCAUGAAGAGUAUACCGACAAAAUAUUCUGUAUAUGGCAAUCCCAAUGAAUUUUGUGUUUGUAAGAAUAAUUCAUGCUCUAGAACAAAUGAAACAGAAUCUGCAUAUCAAAACAGUACAAUUUAUCGGAUCAAUGAAAAGAGAGAUGUACAUGUACGAUACAGCUUUUCUCGACAUAAUGCAUACAAAGACAGUUUUUUAGGAACGGAAUAUGUAGUUCCAGUGCUGCAAGAUAUAAGUGCUCAAAACAUUCAAAAUUUUUUGGGGGUUGGAAACCCAACAAACACGGAUAUUGUUGUUCAGAUUAGAUACACUAAAGGAAACCGCUUUUCUGGCAAAAUUUGUCAAAACGAAUCCAUCAUAAUGCUGCCAUUAGGUGCGUACGAAACUAUUGAUUUCAAGAUCAGCUGUCAAAAUCCUGGAAUAUAUAUAAACUCCUCUGACAAAAUCAUAGUCUACAGUGCAGCUCUAAUACAAGAAAGUGUUAUGAUAGAACAACUCCUUUCGGUGGAACUUUGGGGCAGUUCUUAUAUGGUCUUUCCUUUUAGAAAUACUUUGCACGACAAUAUAAUUAUAGUUUUGACUGCAUACGACAAUACAACUGUACAUAUCAUCGGAUUCGAUAAUGUCAUCAUCCCGAAUAAAUAUGACAGCAUUCAAAGACGGAUUAGUGGUUCAUAUCCUAUAACGAUCAGAUCUUCAAAACCUGUGUCAGUUAUCCUGUAUAUCACAAAAGGAAAUGAGUCGGCCUCGAUUAACAUUAUACCUAUGAAGUAUAAAGUAGAAGAAAAUGACAUUACACAUAUGACAUUUCCUUGGUAUGUCUUUGCGUCUCUGAACCCCAGUGAAACUUUAGAGGAGAGAGAACUGUCAAUUUUUUCAAGGUUUUACUAUUACACUAACAUUUCAAAGGAGAACCUCCCUCAAUCAAUAUAUGGAUGUGUAGCAGCAAAGACAACUUUAAAUACAAAAGAAUUCAGUGGCACUAACUGUGGUUUUGUGGAUCGAAAUCAGACAGAGCCCGACUGGCCUAUUAUGGAACCUGGUGAUGGCAAAGAUAAUAAUAAAAAUGGAGAAAUCGAUGAAGACGAUUGCUUUUCAUCUUUCGCAAAUUUAACUGGAAAUGUCAACAACGAUUGCAAAAGUCCCUUCAAGUCAGGUUUCUCAGAUACACUUGGAUCAAUGUUUGUUUUACCAUUCGGCAACACAAUGACUGUAAAAUGUUCUGCUGAAAUUUUUUCUGGAACGUUGCCGACAGAAGUUAAAAUUUACUCCAAACCAAUAAAUGCUGAAACUAUUGUCUGGAAUUUGACGACUAUACAAAUAAACAACAAUGAUUUUAUAAUUGAUCGAAAUAUUUCCGCCUCGACAUUGUCAACAGAAUUAGAACUGCUCGUAAUUGUGAAUAUAGAGAGUAAUAAUGUAUCGUUAAUAUGUAGCUGCUACAACUUAAACAAAACAUGCUCUAACAGCUUCAUUGUUCCUCCAGUUGAUACUCUUCAGACUCAGUAUGUUUUGGUCAUGCCUGUCAAAUCCGAAAACGGGAAUAAUAACCACAUCCAGUGUAAUGUAGUUACAAUUUUUGACAGCACAUCGUUUGCAUUACCAAUGCUAAACAUUUCCCAUGAAAACAUACCACGUCUCACAACAACUAGGAUCAAUUGGACAAUGCAGAACAGUCCCGUCUUUAUUGUAGCCAGUCACGUGAUUUCAGUUAUAUGCUUUCAGGGUUUUGAUGAUAACUAUCUGGUAAAUUAUAUUUUGCCUUCUUUUGGAACCGAUUAUAAAAUGUGUCUAAACGAAAAUCAGACUAAAGAAAUUGUAAUGGUUUCGCUGGAUUAUAAUACAAGUCUGAAUAUAUCCGAAAUCGAUCCAGAUAAUUACACCGAACAUGUAUUACUCGAAACUGGAGGCAGCUUACGAAACUACAAGAUGAAAAACUCGAGCUCUUUUCUGUCUAUAAAGGCAAACAAACCAAUUCUUGUAUUAGCUUGGAUUGAAACCUCUUCCUCUCCAAGCAAUUAUAAUAUCAUUUAUGUUCCCGCUGCGAAUCUUGUUUUAAAUAGCAACAUUAGGUCAUCCAACCAUUCUGAAGAUGAAUGCCUUUCUUUGAGCGACUACACUCAGCCACAACCUUUCCGUUUAUACAGGAGGGAAUUACCAACAGUGACUGAACAGAUACCCGGCGACGGUAUAGACAAUGAUGGAGAUGGACUGGUGGACGAAGAAUACUGUGGGUUUUUGUGGGAAGAAUACAAUAUCACGGACAUCGAUCUAGACGGGUCCAUGAAUGAAGAUUGCAAAGGAUGUAAAGAGGGCGAGGAAUUAUCUCUCCUUUUCGUAUGUAAAGAUUGUGACUUUGGUAAAUUCCGUGAAAAGGAAUCGAAGAUCGAUUUUUGUCAGAUCUGUCCCGAAAAUCAUACAACAUUUAACACACGAAGCAAUUCUUCGAAAGAUUGUGUCCCGAUCUGUGAAGAGGGAACGGAACUAAAUUCAACGAAAGAAACGUGUGAACCCUGUUCAAUUGGAUUUUAUAAAGAUGUAUCAGCCAAUGACGUCAGUGUAAAUAAAACAGACAGGUUUGAAUGUAAGAGAUGUCCCGGGAAUUUGACAACAUAUUCUAUAAAAUCCACCGACAUCAGCGACUGUAUAGGACAUUGUGAGUCUGGCCAUUAUCUAUACAAUAAGACCUGUCUGCCUUGUGAAAUUGGAAAAUACAAAAAUACAUCUAGCCGAGAUAUUUCUCUAGACGAGAUGUUAAGGUGGCAUUGUUUGGCAUGUGAGGGACAAUCUACCACAAUUUCAAAUGGAUCCAAGACCUGUAUAAUGCCGUGCAGAGAGGGGUCACAAUUUAAUUUUUCAAGUCACCAAUGUGAGCCCUGUCCUGUCGGGUUUUACAAAAACAUAACAGGGAUACACAUCAACUGUACACAGUGCCCGAAUGAUUACACAACUAGAGCCCCUGGUAAAAAAUCUCAGAACGAUUGCAAAAAAGCUGAUUGCACGUGUCCGUGUAAUAUGGUACAUGUCCAGAGGAAUUACACAAGUUCGGAACUGUCUAAAGUCAUCGAAAAGAUGAAGAAAGAACUGAUCGUCAACAAGGAGCAGCUGUCGUCGACUCUGAGAAAGAAGAUAAGUGUCAAGGACAAUCGGCCAUCUUCUCAGUCCAUUGGGUCGUUUGGUGUCGUCAUCAUAGUCUUUGUUUUUGCGCUUUUGCUUGCAGCUGAUGUGAUGAUUUUAAAAAACCACAUCUCUAUGCUCGUACGGACAUUGGUGGAUUUUGCAAAACGAUGUUCCAGGAAUUGAAACUGAAUAAUUCAGUAGAAUUUCAAUGACCAACAUUUCACAAUGGAUGAUUGAUUUUUUUAAUUAUGCGCAUUUAACGGUGUUGUUAGUUUUGAAACGUUGUAUGUUUUUUGAUAGGUUGAUUUUGGUUAAUAUAUUGCACAUAAAUAUGUCAUUUGAAUUCUAAGGAGGUGAUGGCUUAUGAAGAUUAAACCUCUUUGUAAAAGCCAUGGCAUAAAUGAUCCCGGUAUAAUAAUGUUUUCAUUGUCAUCUGUGAUAAAAAUGAUUAAAAAUAUCCAUGCUAC